AGUCGCGUCUCCAACAGCGGUAGAGUGAUCGAACUCCACCAGCCAUCACUACAAUGCCGUCAGCAGCGGAUACAAUCCGUGUUCUGAUCGCCACAGAUUCCCAUGUCGGCUACAAUGAGCGCGAUCCCAUCCGUGGUGAUGACUCCUGGCGGUCGUUCGACGAAGUCAUGGCCAUCGCCAAAGACCGUGAUGUCGACAUGGUCCUCCUCUCCGGCGACCUAUUCCACGAUAAUAAGCCCUCGCGCAAGGCUAUGUAUCAAGUCAUGAAGUCCCUGCGGCAGAACUGCUACGGCGACAAACCAUGCGAGCUCGAGAUUCUGAGCGACACCAGUGCGGAGUUCCAGAUGGCUGGCGGACACGUCAACUACGAGGACCCAGAUAUCAACGUUUCCAUUCCCGUGUUUUCUAUCCACGGGAAUCAUGAUGACCCGUCGGGGGAAGGUCGUCUCUGCGCACUCGAUAUCCUUUCCAUCGCGGGUCUGAUCAACUAUUACGGCCGCACUCCCGAAAAUGACAAUAUCACCAUCAGCCCAAUACUCCUUCAGAAAGGAAGAACGAAGCUCGCGCUCUACGGCCUCUCUAACGUUCGUGACGAACGUCUAUUCCGCACUUUCCGGGACGGUAAAGUCAAGAUCGAACGUCCGAGUAUACAACAGAAGGAAUGGUUCAACAUGAUCUGCGUGCACCAGAACCACCACGGCCACACAGAAACCGGCUACCUCCCCGAAAACUUUCUGCACAACUUCCUGGAUCUUGUCAUCUGGGGGCACGAGCACGAAUGUCUGAUCGAUCCUCGCGUCAACACAGAGAUGGGCUUCAGCGUGAUCCAGCCCGGCUCCUCCGUAGCAACCUCACUGUGCGAGGGCGAAGCUGUGCCGAAGCACUGUGGCAUCCUGUCCAUCGUAGGCACCGAAUUCAAGCUCGAGAAGAUCCGCCUCAAGACUGUGCGGCCGUUCGUGAUGCGCGAGAUCGUCCUCGCCAACGAAAACGAAAUGAAGAAUGUCUGGAAGAAGGCGAAUAACCGAACGCAAGUUACACAUUUCCUGUGUCAAGUCGUCGAUGAGCUCAUCGAGGAGGCAAAAGACGACUGGCUGAAGGCUCAGGACGAGGAGGCUGAUGAGAGUACGGUACCCCUACCGCUCAUCAGACUGCGGGUGGAGUACUCUGCGCCGGAGGGGAAGUUCGAGACCGAGAACCCGCAGCGCUUUUCGAACCGUUUCGUGGGCAAGGUUGCGAACGUCAACGAUGUGGUGCAGUUUUAUCGCAGGAAGACCGUCACCCGCCGUACGAAAGCGGGCGAGUCGGUGGAAAUCGACAGCAAAUCCCUUCUCGAGGAGUUCAGGAACAUCGACGAGAUCAAGGUCGAGAACCUGGUAAAAGAGUUUCUGGACAAGGCUACGCUCGAGAUUCUACCCCAGAAUGGGCUCGGCGAUGCGGUGGGUCAGUUCGUGGAUAAGGAUGAUCGCCAUGCGGUCGAGACGUUCGUCGAGGAGUCGCUCAAAGCUUACAUCACCAAGAUGCGAGAGUACGAUGAUCUGAACGAGGAGAAAAUCACAGACAUCGUCACCGAACACAAGAGUUACCUCGAAGACAUGUUCGCCAAAGGUCAAGUCAAGAUCAAGAGAAGAAACACGAAGCUAAAAGAGAAGCCCGACAAUUGGGACUCGGACAUCGAUGGUUCAUGGGCAGACGAGCCCGCCGCACAGAUCCGCGACGAGGAUUCACUCGACAACGAUCAGGACGACAACGAGGAAUCCCCCGCCCCAGCACGUGGCGCCGCAACCCGCGGCAGAGGCCGUGGCCGUGGUCGGGGCGCAGCAGCAACUACCACCACAACCCGUAAACCCGCUGCACCCAGAAAAGCUCCGGCAGCCAAGAAAGUACCCGCAGCGAGAGGCCGCGGAAAGAAGGCAGCUCACGAAUCGGAAGAAGAGGAAGAGGCGAUGGAUCUGGACGAUGAUGACGACGAGGAGCCGCCGCCACCGGUUACGCGGAUUACUAGGAAAGCGCCCGUGAAGAAGCCGCCACCGGCUAGACAGACGCAGCUACAGUUUCCGUCGGCGACGCAGAGAAGCGUGGGAGAGAGCCAGGCUAGUAAUUCUCUGUUUCAUCGAAACGUUGUUGUUAUCCCUAGUGACGAUGAGGACAUCGAUGAUGAUGAGGAGGAUGAGUUUGUGCCCAUGCCCAGUCAGCGGUCUAGGAGGAGGCAGUGAGUGAGGAGUGGAUGAGAUGUUGUCAUAGAUGGAAAGUGCUGUUUGGAUGUCAUAUCAUGGUCGGUAGGAGCGGGUGUUUUUCAAGAUGUUCAUUUGUCAUUGGGAUCUACAGUGCGCUUGGGUGAUCCCAUCGACAUCAAGUCUUCACGAUGUGAUGUGAUAUUCAAUCGCGGGGAAUGAUGAAUUCAAGGAAGAGAGAAGCGCAAGGCUCUAGAUCCGCACCCCGAGUCCAUAUGUAUCAUUCCCUUCGCUCUGGAUCCCACUGUUUGUCAACAGACAGACAGACAGACAGCAAAGUUCUUC